GUAGCUAAAUAUAUUUAAGAACAUCCAUGGCGACCUUGAGCUGCCAGUUUCAUCUUGCUAUCCAUCGACUUCCUUGCAAAGCCAGAGUUAGGCCUUGCUUCUCUUGCUCAGUGCAACCCUCUCAAAGCAAUAUUAAGGUUGUUAUAAAUGGAGCAGCAAAGGAAAUAGGAAGGGCUGCAGUAAUUGCAGUGACUAAAGCUAGAGGAAUGGAGGUAGCCGGUGCAGUGGAUUCCUAUUGUGUGGGAGAAGAUAUAGGAAAGGUGUGUGACAUGGAAGAGCCUCUAGAAAUUCCUAUCAUGAAUGAUCUCACUAUGGUUUUAGGUUCGAUAUCUCAGUCAAAAGAGACAGGAGUCGUUGUUGAUUUCACUCAGCCUUCAGCAGUUUAUGACAACGUAAAACAGGCAACAGCAUUCGGUCUGAGAAGUGUGGUUUAUGUGCCUCGGAUUACGGUUGACACAAUAUCAGCAUUAUCUGCAUUUUGCGAGAAAGCCAGCAUGGGUUGCCUAGUUGCACCAACUCUGUCCAUAGGAUCUAUUCUCCUCCAGCAAGCUGCCAUUUCAGCUUCCUUCCACUACAACAAUGUAGAAAUUGUUGAAUCAAGGGCGCAUGCAACAGAUCUUCCCUCACCAGAUGCCAUCCAGAUUGCCAACAACCUCUCUAACCUUGGUCAGAUCUACAACAGAGAAGACCUUUCAACAGAUGUUUCGGCAAGGGGUCAAGUCCUAGGUGAAGAUGGUGUGCGUGUUCAUAGCAUGGUCCUUCCUGGGCUUCCAUCUAGUACAACAGUUUACUUCUCUGGACCAGGAGAGGUCUACACCAUCAAACAUGAUAUCACAGAUGUGCAGUGCCUCAUGCCAGGCUUACUCUUGGCUAUUAGAAAGGUUGCCCGACUCAAGCGCAUACAAUUUCAACAGCAUCUAGUGUAUGGCCUGGAGAAAUUUCUGUAGAACCCCAUUAGUCUUCAAGCUUCUUGGUGUAUAACAAGAUACUUCACAGAUCCAGUGAAGAAUCAGUUUCAUCGAAAUAUUUUAUGAAAGGAAAGGUGUAUGGCCAGGAGAAAGUUCUGUAGGAUCCCAUUAUUCUUCAAGUUCCUUCUUGUAUGACUUUAGAGUUUUGGCAAGUCCAGUGAGAAUCAUUUUCAUUCUGCAAACAAAUAAUUCGUGAAAGGAAUGGAUUUCCUCUUUCUGAAA